GGCUUGCGUGGCCUCAAUGCAGAUUUAGAAGGGAGUACGUACCAGAGACUUGUUUUCGCCUAGUUUCUGGUCCGACGUUUCUGCGAGUGAAAGGGGGGCUAGGAACUUUGCGGCACGGCAUCGUAUGACUGGCUGUGAUUGAGGACACUGCACUGCGUUUGCUCCUUCACUUUGUUUGAGAGCUGUUGCCUUGUCACGCCUUGACCGCGUUGCUGCUGUUUCUUUGCUGAAAGCUUCUUUUCAAUCCUCUUCUCUCACCAUCAGUCAAGAUACUGAUUCCACAACUGCACCACAAGACUCAAUUCAUCACAUUGGCCAUCAAGAACUGCCAUCAUGAGCGACACCACAAUUGAAGGCCCAGUCCUCAUCUUUGGAGGCUGCGGUUUCCUUGGACACCACCUUGUCCGGGAAUUUGCUCGCGCGACGCCAACCCCCAAGAUCUUCGCCGUCGAUGUAAACACUGAGCGCAAUCGCAAUCCAGAGGCCACCUACCUCACAGCAAACAUCCUCCAGCGCGACGAGAUAGCCAAGAUCUUCGAGCAAGUCAAACCUCAAGUCGUCCUUCACACGAUUUCGCCCAGCCCAUUCGAAGUCAACCACUCGAUUCUGGAAAAGGUGAACAUAGUCGGAACAGAAAACAUAGUCGAAUGUGCCAAAGCCGUCGGUACUGUCCGCGCGUUCCUAUACACAUCCAGCUCAUCAGUUGUACACAACCAGCGCCAGCCCAUGAUUGAAGCAACUGAAGCCUUGCCCGUACUCUUCUCUCCCGACCAGCCAGAAUACUAUUCGCACACCAAAGCACUCGCUGAGAAGCUCGUGCUCGCUGCAAACCGCCAAAAUGGCAUGUUGACAGCAGUCAUCCGGCCUGCCGCACUGUACGGCCCCGGUGAUGGCCAAAUGACCACAAACGUCACCAAGCAAGCUCUCACUGGCCGCGCCAACAUCCGCUUCGGUGACAAAUCGUACCUCUACGAUACAUGCUACGUGGAGAACUGCACUUACGCCCAGACACUCAUCGUAAAAGCGCUCCUUGAAGCUUCUACAUCUGCACCACUCCCCGCAGACAAGAAAAUCGAAGGCGAAGCCUUCUUCGUCACAAACGACGAGCACAUCCCCUUCUGGAACCUCUCCCGCCUCGUCUCCGAGCUCCUCGGCUCCCCCGUCCCAGACGAUCAAGUCAGGAAUAUUCCCAUCUGGUUCAUGAAGACUUUCGCCUUUUUGGGCUCCUGGCUCUACUGGAUCUUCUCCCUCGGCCGCAAGCAGCCCAAGCUCACGCCCUGGGUUGUACGUCUCCUGACUAUGGAGCGAACACUGUGCAUCGAUAAGAUCAAAACGAGACUCGGCUACAAGCCUAAAUUCAACAAUAGGCAGGGCUGGGAAAAGGCGAUUGAAUGGGCAGUGCCGAAAAUCAAAGCCGAGAAAGGGGGUAAGACUGCGUAGGCUGCAGCUCGUAUGACACUGUGGUUCAUUUUCCGGUGUGCAGUAGAUCACUGUAUUCCAUUUUCCAUCCCACUGCUAUCUAAAAAUAACACUAUACUCUAAAAAGGAUAGUUGUAUGUAUACCAAUGAGAUCCAAGUUCCUUGCA